AUGAGUUAUCAAAAUCAUCCCUAAAAGUUUCCUUUUGAUAGUUAAGGUCCGUAAGGGUAGCCGCAAGUCCCAUUGUUUUAGUAGGUGUACUUUGCUCAACAGCAAUAAAUUUAUGGAUUCGAAUAAUAACAAUUCCCAUCGUUGAAUUAUAAUGGGUAUGGCUAUUAUGUAUAGCCACAAAGUAAUAAAGUUAUUUGUAAGUUCAGUGCCCCAAUAUAAUAUUCCUCCUCAACAACCUACCCCUGUUGAUAGUCUAAGCAGUAAUAGUAUUAGUUUGAGUGGUAUUUGAAUUUUGUAUUUUGUAUGAUCAGAUUAGGGAGCAAAAAAAAAGAAGAAAAACAAGUCUGACAAAUCAAAGAAAGACAAAAAGAAAAAGAGAAAGCGAGGUUUAAUUUAUCCUAAUUAUUAAAAGCCAGUAGUAGUAGUUCUUCUUCUAGUAGUAGUGAUUCUAGUAGUAGCAGUAGCAAGAGCCGUAGUAAGUAUGAUUAUUUUAUAUAUCUAAAUCUCUUUGUAGAAAAAAGAAAAAACCUCUAUCCUUUUUACAUAACGAGGAUAAUUGGAAGUGCAAGUAUUGUUAUAAUAUCAAUUUCCCCCAUCGUACAGAGUGUAAUAGAUGUAAGAAAAGUAGAGAAUAGGCUGUAAAAGUAUUUCAUUAACUCUCUAACAUCUUUUCUUAGGACGACAAAGGCAAGAAGUAUGUUCCAAAUCCUGACGAUUGGAAAUGUAACAUUUGUGGAAAUUUUAAUUACGCCAGAAGAGAUAAAUGCAAUAGAUGUAAAGAAGAUAAACCAAAAGCCACAAUGCCUUAACAAUCCGCAUAAUAUAAUUAAGUAAACUGA